AUGUCUUUCUCCCAAGCAUCCGACCUCAAAGCCUGGGGACAGCUCCAGGAACACUAUGUAGCUGCUAAAAGCUUUGUCCUGAAAGACCUUUUCGCCCAGGACCCAAAACGUUUUGAGAAGUUUUCCAGGACAUUCAGGAACGAUGCGGACGGCUCAGAAAUUCUGUUCGAUUUCUCCAAGAACUUUCUGAACGACGAGACUUUGAAGCUACUCGUCCAGCUCGCCAAGGAAGCUGGUGUUGAGAAGCUUCGUGAUGAGAUGUUCAGGGGCGAGAAGAUCAACUUUACUGAGGACAGAGCAGUCUACCAUGUUGCUCUGAGGAACACCUCAAAGAAGGAAAUGAAGGUCGAGGGAAAGAGCGUUGUUGAGGAUGUUGAAUCUGUCCUUGCCCACAUGAAAGAAUUUUCAGAGCAAGUGAGAAGUGGUGAAUGGAAGGGUCACACUGGAAAGCAGAUUAACACAAUUGUCAAUAUCGGUAUUGGUGGAUCAGACUUGGGUCCUGUAAUGGUAACGGAGGCCCUUAAGCCUUAUUCUGACCGAAACCUAACACUUCACUUCGUCUCCAACAUCGACGGAACUCACGUCGCGGAAGCUCUCCGCGCAUGCGAUCCGGAAACUACACUCUUCCUCGUUGCCUCAAAGACCUUCACCACCGCCGAGACAUGCACCAAUGCCAACACUGCCAAGAAGUGGUUUCUUUCCCAACCUGCAAUUGGUGGUGAUUCUACAGCAAUCGCGAAGCACUUUGUAGCUUUGUCCACAAACGCUUCCGAGGUUAGUAAGUUCGGUAUUGAUACAAAGAAUAUGUUCGGUUUCGAAUCGUGGGUUGGUGGUAGAUACUCAGUUUGGUCUGCUAUCGGAUUGAGCGUUGCUAUUUACAUUGGUUUCGAGCGUUUCCAUGAGUUCCUUGCUGGUGCCCAUGCCAUGGACAACCACUUCACCGAUACUCCUUUGGAGCAGAACAUUCCUGUUCUUGGUGGUCUUUUGAGUGUCUGGUACAGCGAUUUCUUCUCCGCUCAGACACACUUAGUUGCUCCAUUCGAUCAGUACCUCCACCGCUUCCCAGCAUACCUCCAGCAGCUCUCCAUGGAGUCCAACGGAAAGGCGAUUACACGUACUGGAGAGUACGUCAAGUACACCACGGGCCCAAUCCUUUUCGGAGAGCCAGCCACCAACGCACAGCACUCUUUCUUCCAAUUACUUCACCAGGGCACCAAGCUUAUUCCCACAGACUUCCUGAUGGCCGCUGAGAGCCACAACCCGGUUGAGGGUGGUCUUCACCAGAAGAUGCUUGCCUCCAACUUUUUUGCCCAGUCCGAGGCCUUGAUGGUAGGAAAGACCCCCGAAGAGGUAGCAGCAGAAGGUGCAUCCGACGCAUUGAAGCCCCACAAGGUCUUCCUCGGAAACCGCCCUACCACCUCGAUUCUUGCGCAAAAGAUUACCCCGGCUACUCUUGGUGCCCUCAUUGCGUACUACGAACACCUCACCUUUACCGAAGGUGCAGUUUGGAAUAUCAACUCCUUUGACCAGUGGGGUGUUGAGUUGGGCAAGGUUCUUGCAAAGAAAAUUGGUGCGGAGUUGGAUACCCCCGGCCCAGUGUCGAGCCACGAUGGCUCCACUAAUGGCUUGAUCAAUGCUUUCAAGUCAAAGGCCAACAUUUAA